AACACUCCUUCUAAAAACACGACAUCUCCAUCUCCCAAUACGCAAGUUACCGAAAUCUUCAUCAAUACACAUUAUACGCAAUGGACAACAUUAUCGAAAUCCCCAUUUUUGAGCCAGACGGCGUCACAUAUGAUGAGCUUCACGCCGCUGGCUAUAACGCCCUGUGGGCAGGUUUCGGCAUUGCAGCAAUCACCACGUUCAUCCUCGUUGUCUCAUCAUGGGGAAUCCCUACACGCAAGCGAGCAGUGCAUGUCCUCGGCAUCCUCACCUCCGUCGCCACAGCACUCUCCUACCUCGCCAUGACCACAGGCUACGGCAACAUUACUUCUUGCCGAGAGACAGUUGGUCAUGAAGACGGCUUCAAGAUCCCCGAGCUGUCUUGCCGCAUUGACAGCGAAAUGAGAUACAACGAGUGGCUGCUCACCACCACCCUUCUGAUUAUCAACCUCGCUCUCGUGGCAGGACUUGGUGGUGCCCAGACCCUCGUCUCCCUUGCUUCAGGAUACAUUGUGCUGUGGUCCACGCGCGUCAUCGUCUCUCAGGAGAACGACCACCAUAUCCGCCAGCGCUGGAUCUGGGUGGUCGUUGUCAUUCUUGCCUACAUCAGCUUGCUCUGGAACAUCCUCGGCCAGGCAUUUGACUCGUCCAAGGCAAGAGGCGCUACUGUCCAGAAGUUCUAUAUCCCCUUUGGCAUCACCAUUCUUGCCCUCUGGACCAUCAACCUCGGUGUCUGGGUUGGCUCGCUUGGCUCUGGUGCCUUGAGCGCCGACUGCACUGCCAUUACAUUUACUGUCGUUGAUAGUCUUCUCAAGUGCACCAGUGGUGUGGUUCUGGCCUUUGCCUGCCGCCGCUUCCCGGAUGUCAGUGUUGAGCUAGGCGGAUACUGGGCUACUGGCACAUCUACCGAGGGACGUAUUCGCCUCGGUGAUGAGACGGAAAACUAAGUCAAACACAAUGAUGAAAAAAAAAAGUUGACCGGCGUGCUAGCUUCAAGUUAUAUACCAUGAUGAUUAAUAUGAACAAGGAAUACCCAAAGAAUGGUCUGCGCUACUUCUCCCUCCCUAAAUCAUGGACAAGACACCCAACAGGUUUUGCUUUCCGUCACAUCCGCACGGUACAUAGGCACCGUCUUCAAAGUUGGCAAUGCACAUGCAAUGUAAAUCUUGGGGCCCACGGCGUUGUAACCUGCUCGAAUCGAAGCUCCUAGUUUCAGUUUGCGACAUGCGCAUCGAGGCCAUCCGCGUCUCAAACGAAGUCUCCUUGCAUGGGCAUGGGAUCCUGUGCCCAUCAACACUACCUUCAAUAAGACAGUCGCAGUUGUGUCCAUCGCCACGCGAAAUCUGUGUAACUUUUCGCUGAGGUGCGCCAGCACACGGUGUAGGUUCGGCAACCGGGCCGAGGCGACCAUCUGUAAUCUUCAUGCACUGCUCGUUAGCGGCACCCCAAACGAGGUGCUUCUUCAUAGGGUGCUUUCGAGCCUUUUCGUCUUCACAACCGUCGCAUACAAGCCGGUCAUAGGCGUCGUGGUAGCAGCUGCAGUAGGACCCUUCUUUGACGUUGAUAGGUGAGUAGUCUGCUGAGCAGAAGCAUGGUCCUGUUUGUCCAAGACAGGCGCAGUCAGCCAUGGGGAGAAACGUGGUGCCAGAGACGGCAGCAGCCAGAGUGGCAAAGGCAAACAGAAACUUCAUAAUGAUUAGUGUAUAUAGAUCUGAGGUUGUACGGUAGCGGUGCUGAGAAAUUGGUGUUCAAUAACGCUGAGUCAAGGCUCUUAUGCGGAAGCAGGGAUCAGUCGUCAUUUUAUAGUUUCUCAAUGGCUCUAUAAAAACUAUGAUAUUCUAUAGCAGCCAGUGUCAUUGCUUUCAUUGUUCUGCAGAACAUCUUUGUCUACAUACAAUGCCUGGCAUGCGUCGUCAAGGGGACUACUGUGAGACAUUGGCCACCAUCCUAUUGGACCUCGCUGCCGUCCAUGUAUGUCUCACCCUACGAACUGCCCUUGGUCCAAAUACAACUAACGUAGAGCCCACCAAAGAACUCACCCGCAGCCCCAGUCGGUCGAGACAAUCUGGGCAUUGUUGUCGCUAGCAACAGACCUUUGCAUUCCAAGCACCAACAACGGGCGGCAAUUGCACAACACCACAGUAAAGUAUAAUAUAUUGUUACUACGAAACGACGCUAAUUAAAUAAAACAGCAUAUUACAUUCUUUGUAAUUAUAAAAAUGCACUCGCUAGUCUCUUAUUGUUUGUCGGCUAGACUAUUGCAGGAUCUGCUCAAGCUUGCGAUGAAGCUCAACGGCCUCUGCAAAGGUCGGGACGGGCUCAUUGUUCAAGUAGCGCUCAUACACAUCCGCGAUCGCUUUGGCAGCCGCAUAGUCGUAUUCAUUUUGCCAAUCCCUCCACUCAGCAGUGAUGUCCUCAAGUUCAUCAGUUACGUGGUCAUGGACCUGGAAAUGCACCUCUCCAGGGUCCUGCUGGCCGCCCAAGAAGGUGGUAUUGCGCGCAGUGAGACGGAUCUCACCUUUUUCACCAUUUACACUCCAGGUAAAUGCAUCCUGUCCCUUAAACGGCUGGCCACGACGGAAGUAGACAGACACGGUAGCAUCAGGCACUGCUGUGGCGUUAUCGGCCAGCCGGCCUGACAGAUGCAGCAGAUCAGGCACGUUGGUCGGCUCGGAGCGAACAACAGCGCCUUUAUCGUCGAUAAACUUUACAACAGGGCGCUGAAUCUGCGCGAUUGAGCGAAUAUCGCUGACGUCGCCGAGGACAGACUGUACCUGAUCAAACACUGUGUUUUGUUAGUGACGUUGGCAGCUGGAGCAAUGACCGAUUCACUUACAGUGUGCAAAGCCGAUGGUAAUAGGGUUACCACCGAUAGAUCUAUCAGUGAAGUAGUCCAAUUUGUUUGUGAGUGUCUCGCGAUCCACUGUUCCUCCAAAGGCUCGCAGUUCAGAGCUUAGGACUUUGCCAAUCUUACCCUCAUCAAUAAGCGCCUUGACCUUUUCGAACAGCGGUACAUAUCUGCCCUGUAAACCGACAAUUGAUUUCCCGUUGGCUCCAACAGCGUCUUGAAGCUCCUCGGCAUGUUUGACAUCUUGGGCAAGUGGCCAUUCAAUGUAUGGCACUUUUCCUGCUUUAAUGGAUGGAAGGGUGGCAGAGUAAUGUGUGUCUACUCGUGUAGAAGUCACAACGAGAUCAACUUCUGGAUCGGCAGCUAGGUCCUCUGGAUUUCCAUAGGCUUUGAUACCUGUGUCGUCGGGAAAAUACUUUUCAAUAGCCUUUUGAGCGGCUUCUGUGCUUGAAUUAAGUAGUGCAGUGAUUUUGAAAUUCUUUCUACCGCGUGCAGAUAAUAGAUAGGGUAGAUGGCCAACAGCAGCCCAUGCUGUCUUAGCAUUGGCAGAGAGGCCAACAAUAGCGACUCGAAUAAUAGCCAUGGUGUUUUUGUGCAGACGCGGA